AGAAAUGAAGGAAAAAGGGGGGCUUGGAAGUUGUAAGGUGGAGCCAGCCAGGGAAACAGACAUAAACAGGGAAUCAUUCCUUGCUUAAGCCUGGAUGACUGUUGUGAGGGUUUUGAGUAUGUGAACGGUCAAGUUGUCCUUCACCUCAGACUCCACCUUUAAUAUCAUCACAACUACCCAGCUGUUUACAUACUUUACUUCAUUUGUUUUUUUUUUUUUGAAGACUUUAGAAAGCCUUUCACCAAGGUGGUCCUUGGUAUCUUGCAUUCAUGGUAAUUUGAGGCAGAAAACGGUUGGUCUGGCUUGAUCAACAAGUUUUUGUUUUGGAAUAUAUGGAGGAGGUCUUGUUGAUUUCGAGAUUCAUGACAAGAACUUUGAUUUUGUUGAGUCUUUGCUUCAUGUGGGUCCCUCCAGGAGUUGUUUGCAGAACUGGAAAUGCAUCAGCUUCCUCAAGUUCUUCUUCUUCAUCUUCUUUGAAGCCAAAGGUUAUAAAUAUUGGAUCUCUGUUCACGUUGGAUUCAGUUAUCGGAAGAGCAGCAAAGCCUGCACUUCAAGCUGGUGUUGAUGAUGUCAACGCUGAUCCAACCAUUCUCAAUGGGGUAGAAUUGAAACUCGUUUUGCACGAUACAAAUUGCAGUGGCUUUGUUGGAACCGUGGAGGCUUUGCAGCUGAUGGAAAGUGACAUUGCUGUUGCAAUCGGUCCACAAUCUUCUGGAAUAGCUCAUGUCAUAUCCCACGUUGUUAAUGAGCUUCAUGUCCCUCUUCUAUCAUUUGGAGCUACAGAUCCCACUCUUUCUUCCCUGCAGUACCCAUAUUUCCUCCGAACUACACAUAGUGACUACUUUCAGAUGUAUGCGGUUGCUGAUUUAGUUGACUACUUUGGCUGGAGGGAGGUCAUAGCAAUAUUUGUGGAUGACGAUUAUGGAAGAAGUGGGAUUUCUGCUUUGGGUGAUGCCCUGGCAAAGAAACGUGCCAAAAUUUCUUAUAAGGCCGCCUUCAGCCCUGGAGACCCCACAAGUAAGAUCAAUGACUUGCUAGUUGAGGUGAACCUGAUGGAGUCACGAGUUUAUGUAGUUCAUGUUAAUCCUGACACUGGUUUGAACAUCUUUGCUGUUGCUAAUGCUCUUAAUAUGAUGAGUGGGAACUAUGUUUGGAUUGCUACAGAUUGGCUUCCUACAUACUUAGAUUCGAUGGAAGCUGCUGAUCCUGACACAAUGAAUCUCUUGCAAGGGGUUGUUGCUCUCCGCCGUUACACCCCAGAUAAUAGUCUCAAAAAGAGUUUCAUGUCUAGGUGGAAAAACCUAAAAUAUAAUGGAAGUGCUAGUCCUGCAGGCUUCAAUUCAUUUGCACUUUAUGCUUAUGAUUCCGUUUGGUUGGCUGCACAUGCCCUCGAAGUUUUUCUCAAUGAAGGUGGAAAUUUUUCUUUCUCUAAUGACCCAACUUUGCAUGAUGCAAAUGGCAGCAUGCUGCACCUGGAAGCACUUCGUGUGUUUAAUGGAGGCCAACAACUUCUCUCGACACUUCUUAGGAUGAACUUCACUGGUUUAACUGGUCAGAUUCAAUUUAACCAAGAUAACCAUUUAGUUCAUCCAGCAUAUGAUGUUCUUAAUGUUGGUGGAACCGGGAUGCGUAGAAUUGGUUAUUGGUCAAAUUAUUCUCAUCUCUCAAUUGUUCCUCCAGAGAGCUUAUAUACAAAGCCUCCCAAUAUCUCUACUGGCAGUCAACAUCUUUACAGUGUAAUAUGGCCUGGUGAAACUACAGCAACGCCAAGGGGUUGGGUUUUCCCUAACAAUGGGCAGCCACUGCGAAUUGCUGUACCCAACCGAGUAGGUUAUAAAGAGUUUGUGUCAAAAGACAAGGGUCCCCAGGGAGUAAGAGGAUACUGCAUUGAUGUCUUUGAAGCUGCAAUAAGCUUGCUUCCGUAUGCUGUUCCACGCACAUAUAUGUUAUAUGGAGAUGGUAAAAGAAAUCCUAGCUAUAAUGAUCUUGUUUACCAGGUUUCACAAAAUAAAUAUGAUGCAGCAGUUGGAGAUAUAUCAAUUAUUACCAACAGGACAAAGAUUGUUGAUUUUACACAGCCUUAUAUGGAAUCUGGACUUCUUGUUGUUGCACCGGUUAAAGAGGCAAAGUCAAAUCCUUGGGCAUUCCUCAAGCCAUUUACUAAAGAAAUGUGGUUUGUAACUGCUGUAUUCUUUCUUCUUGUGGGAGCUGUAGUAUGGAUUCUUGAACACCGGAUUAAUCAUGAAUUUCGUGGUCCUCCCAGGCAACAGCUUAUAACCAUCUUUUGGUUUAGCUUCUCAACAAUGUUUUUCUCUCACAGAGAAAACACCGUGAGCACUUUGGGACGAUUGGUCCUGAUCAUAUGGCUAUUUGUAGUUCUGAUUAUCAAUUCAAGCUACACUGCUAGCUUGACAUCAAUACUUACUGUGCAGCAGCUAACGUCAGGGAUUCAAGGGAUUGAUAGCUUGAUCUCAAGUACUGUACCUAUCGGAGUCCAAGACGGGUCAUUUGCACUGAACUAUUUGAUCGACGAGCUCAAUAUAGCAAAAUCUAGGAUAGUUCAGUUAAAAAAUCCAGAAGCAUAUCUCAAAGCCCUCGAGCUUGGACCGAAGAGGGGUGGUGUAGCUGCCAUCGUUGAUGAACUUCCUUACAUUGAGCUCUUCUUAUCCAGCACGAACUGUUUAUACAGGACGGUGGGGCAAGAAUUUACAAAGAGCGGAUGGGGCUUUGCUUUCCAAAGGGACUCCCCCCUUGCAGUUGAUCUGUCAACGGCUAUCCUUCAACUCUCCGAAAAUGGUGAUCUCCAGAAAAUCCAUAACAAGUGGUUGACACACAGCGAGUGCACUAUGCAAAUCAAUCAAGUCGACGAAAACAAACUCUCCCUAAGUAGCUUUUGGGGCCUGUUCCUCAUCUGUGGCAUUGCGUGCAUCUUGGCUCUCACUGCCUUCUGCUGCAAUAUCAUUACUCAGUACCGCAAAUUCACCCCAGAAGGCGAGGAAGCGGAGGCCGAGGAGAUUGAACCUGCAAGGUCAUCCAGGCGCUCCAUCGGCUCAGGCAGCUUUAAGCAAAUAAUGGAUUUUGUAGAUAGGAAAGAAACAGAGAUUAAGGAGAUGCUGAAGCGAAAGAAUAGUAAUGAGAGCAAACAACAGUCCAUUCAUGGCUCGGAUGGACAGGCAAGUUCACCAGCAUAAGGAGAAACAUUUUGUUUGGUCUGUUGGGGUCUCCUCUAUAGGAAAUUCAUGCAUGCAACAUAUCUGCUCCAUUGCUUUGAAGUGAAAACAUAGGUGGCUAGGUUUUUUCCCUUUUUUUUUUCCCCAUUUUCAUACCCUUUUUUUUUUUUGUAGGAAAUAGCAAAAUGAGAAAUUAUUGGCUAGCUCUAAACCAAUUUGUAUUAUACUACAAUGUAACUUAGCCAAAAAAUAAUGUAAUCCACAUUUCACUCUCAAGGAAGGGAGCUUUCAAAAUGUAGAUAGUUUCGUUAUUA